AUGGAGCAUCUCCAGGACGGCCACCACGUGCGGCUGCGGAGCCGCGUGCACGGGACGUACCUGCACGCCAACGAGGACGGGCAUGGCGUCUCCCUCCACCACUGCCGGGCGUCUAUGAACGCGGCUUGGGCGGUGCACCUGUACCAGGGCGAUGCCGAUGACGAUGCCCAGGCCCAGCACGUGCUUCUCCACAGCGCCGCCUACGGCCGCUACCUCGCCGCCACGAACGCGCCGGCGCCGCUAGGCCACCGCGGGCGCCGCGUCGAGCAGCGCAACUACGAUGAUCAAGAGGAGGAGGCCAUCAGGUGGCAGGCCGUCGGGGCCGACUCCGGGAACGACGUCCUUCUCCGCAACGUCGUCGGCCGCAACCUCCGCGACGGCGCCCGGCACCACCUCCGCGCCAACGGCAGGUACAUCCGCACCGGCGUCAGCGUCGACGUCUUCGACAACUUCAGCACGAAGAUGCUCUGGGCGGUGGAGCCCAUCCCCGCCAGGGACGGCAUGCCUCCCCUUCGACGUCCGAUUUGUCUUCCCUUCCCCGGAAGACUCACCACCCUGUUGGAGCCGCGGCUGAUCGUGUACGUGCGGGCGGGCGCCGACGGGACCCGCAUCAGCCACGGCGCGUUCGUGUUCAGGGGGAAGUCCGUGUUCCACCUGAGGAAAAAGCUAGCCCGCCGGCUGGAGGCUCUCAUGGACGUCUCCAACCUCGCCAUGUGCGUCGAAGCCGGUACUUUCGGGCGUCUUACCCCGCUCGUCGUCGAUCUGCCCCGCAGCCGCCACAUCGUCGGAACUGUCCAUGUCCAGGAACUCCACAUCGUCGUCUUCGCGGGCGGGACGCCAGUUAGGAAUUGGCUUGAACUGUUGCAUUUGCACUGUCGUUGCUGCAUUAAUCUGCUUGUGUAG